GGCAGUGCAGGCUCAAACUGUGAUUCGAAGCCUCACAUGAAUCACAGUCAUCACAGGACGCUGGUGUCGGUGUCUCGUUGCUCACAAUUACACACAAUUUAUACUGAUCGGACAUCGAACAUCGGUCAUCGGACGCGUACAAAGUAAUCAGUUUGUUUGUUAAAAUUGUAUUAGUUCGCAUAAGGACAUGAAUCCCGACAAGAUGCCAGUGCCAGACGACAAGCAGGACGAGUCCAAUGAGCAGCAGCAGCAGCAGGGCUCCACGGCUGCAGAAGUGAAUACUCCUCCACCGAUGGAGGACCUGGCAGUGCUGGCACCCAUCGAGCGGAAUUACUUUAUGCGCAUCAAUCGCCAGGAGCAGGCCACAAGUGUCAGUGUCAGGCAGCCAGAGAAUUGGCGGGCAAGGCCGCAAGAGUCCGCAAAGAAGAGCGGCAAGGCACGUGGAAGUGCAGUCCAAGCUGGAGCUGCUGCAGCGACAUCUUCCGCUCCUUCGACAUCGACAGCUGCUGCCAGCACAUCUGUGGCUGCUUCAGCAUCUGCUGAGUCCAUAACUGAUGCAGCUGCCCCUUCAAAUGGCUUUGCUGCUGAUGCUCUGCUCGAUGGCAAUGUCUCGUCGUCGGAUGAUGAUGACUUCUCUGACUUUUGCGAAUACGACACCAUGUUUCAGGAGCAGCCGAACUAUGAUUUAGUUCGCACCUGGUCCUCGUAUGUAAAGCGUCGUUAUGCGGCCGCCGGCGGACAGCGUGCACCACUGGAGAUGGGGCGACCUGCAGCCACCUCGGACAUGCCACCAAUCGAAAACUGGCGCGCUCGCGCGGCAACAGCUUCAACUGAAGCGGCCUCAACCAGCAGCUGGCGCCACAAUUUAGAUUUCACCAGGCAACGCCGAAGCUCAAGGUCGGGCAACCACAAUCCAGAAGCCAGUGGCAGCCAGGAGGAACUGCAACCCGAGAGACAGCCGGCACGGCGACCCACCCACAACACACGCGGCCACCAUGGCCGUCAGCGCAACCAGUGGACUAAUUCUGCUUACCACAAUCCACCGACCCUCAACGGUGCAGUCCGCCCCAACGCCAACGCCAACGCCAACGCCAACGCCGAGCAUCCGGGCAUCACAAAUGGCUUCAUUGGCGCACCCGGAGUCCGUGACUAUCAGCAGGAGAGUUUCCGGGGCUUCAGCAUGAUCGGUGGAUUCCAACGGACUCGCAGCUUUGGCCCGUCCAACAAUCGCCGAGCGCCGCCCAGUGCUGACGCCAACCCAGGACGACGCGUCUCCAUGUAAUUCGGACGCGUCGCCAAUUCAAAUUUUAAUAAUUAUAUUUUAAUAGUUGUCAAAUUGAAGUUUACGAAA